AUGGCCGGUGAGCACGAAGAUCAUCACGAGGACGUUGUUCCAGCAGACAUUUCGUUGGGUGAAUGUUCAGCUCCUGAAGUGCAGAUGGUGAGUUGUGAAGAGGAACACCAUGAACCUCCUCCUCCUCCACCUCAGCCAGAUGCCCCAUGUGAUGUUGGAACCGCAGAAGAGGAGCACAUGGCCGGUGAGCACGAAGAUCGUCACGAGGACACUGCCCCUUGUGUUGAUUUGACACAUGAAUCGACAGCGUCAGAUUUAGCUGCUCCCAGUUCGGGUGAAUCACGCAGUCUCCCAGUAGACACCUCUGCUCCUGAGGUCUCUCCUUUACCCCAUGGUCUUCAUUGGAAGCCCGUUUCGUCGCCUCUUCCUAAGGGCGCAAUUGACAUUCAUGAAUUGCAUCUCCCCAUCUACGUGGCCUUGGUAGACACUGCGAACGGACCAACGCCUUGCAAAUACUUGGAGAAGACCAGAUCAUUUUAUGCUGGAACUGACGGUUGCGAGAAAGUGCUUUCCGACGGACAGAUUCUUUGUAUGGAUGAGGCGUUUGCAGACCAAAACGAAGUGGAAUGGGUUCAUGUGAGCUCACCGGACAUUCGAAACAAGCGUCUUGUAGCUGGAACACGAAGUCCAGACGGAAAUUCUCUUUACAUUGCCAGAGGUAUGGUACCUCUGACCGGUCCCUUCCCUUAUUAUGAACUCAGCUGUGGUUGGGCGUCAGAUGAACUGGAAUACGCAAACCUCGUUUUCGGUGGAGUUGAGUGGAAGCAGCGAGAUUUCGACGUGCUUGCGUGGAGGCCCAAAACACACUGA